GUUUGUCGCGCUCAAGCAGAAGACUCGACGCUGUCAAGGAAACGCGCAUGCUGGGCGCAUCGUUCUGAGAUUUACAAACAACUGAACCUGCCUAGCGCACCGUUAUUCACAUCAGCCAUUGCAGAAAAUAGCAGUUGAGCGAUGUUUGCGAUGUAACCUUACAGAGGGAGAGCAAAAUACGGACCGAAAUCAGAGAGACGCCGCGCUAGCGCUUGAUAUAUUACAGCAGUAGUCAGUCAUGCCGCUGGUGAAGAGGAGUAUCGAGCCCAAGCACCUGUGUCGAGGAGCUCUGCCUGAUGGAGUUCCCAGUGAACUCGAAUGUGUCACCAACAGCACGCUGGCAGCCAUCAUCAAACAACUGGGCAGCCUGAGUCGUCACGCAGAGGACAUCUUCGGAGAGCUGUUUAAUGAAGCCAACAGUUUCUACAUGCGUAUGAACAACCUGCAAGAGAGAGUGGACCUGCUGGCUAUCAAAGUCACCCAGCUGGACUCCACUGUGGAAGAGGUCUCUCUGCAAGAUAUCAACAUGAGGAAGGCCUUCAAGAGCUCCACCAUUCAGGACCAACAGGUGGUUUCCAGGAACUCCAUCCCUAAUCCUGUCCUGGAGCUCUACCACCGUGGAGACAAACCUCCCCCUCUCAAUAUUCUCAGCCCUUACAGAGAUGAUAAGAAGGAUGCACUGAAGUUCUACACAGACCCCUCCUACUUCUUUAACCUCUGGAGGGAGAAAAUGCUGCAAGCCACAGAGGACAAGAGAAAAGAAAAGAGGAGACAGAAGACCAGCGGCUCAGGCCAGACUCACUCAGACCAGACUAAGUCCCACUCCAGGCAGGCCCUUCUCAGAAGCCCCCUCCUAUCCUCCGAGCAGCAGAAGCAGGUGGAGGACCCCAGUCGUGAGGUGAAAAAGGUUCGUAAAGCUCGGAAUCGUAGGCAGGAGUGGAACGUAAUGGCAUAUGAUAAGGAGUUCCGGCCAGACGCCCGUUUCACGCCUUCGCCGUACCACGGCAUGUCCUCUGAGGGCUCGCUUUCACCGGACAACAGGUCGGUUGCCUCAGACAUGGGUGAGCAUUCUUACCCAGGCAGCCCCAGUCACCCGGCUCAACAGAUGGCCGUGACCAGCGCCUACUCCGCUGCUGAUGGCAAAGAUCACCUCAUGGCCCCCUCUCAUGUCCAGACCCAGUCCCUGGACCGCGGUUAUCGGCCAGCCGCUUCCUCUGCUGCUCCACCUGGGAGACAGACCAUUGGCAGGGUUCAGACCUCCCAUGGACAACCAGUCACAGACCCCGCUCUCAAUGGGCCUCGUCCCCUGCAGGCUAAAGACUACAGUGGUCAGCAGGCUCAGCAUCGAGAGUAUUUCGUACCUCCUGCUCCUCCUCCACCUCCUCCUCUCAUUCCUUCCGCUCAGACUGCCUUUGACAGUCCCACUGGCCCUUCCUCUGCUCCGGCCAGUGCCAUGCCAUCUCUUUCCCAGACCUACAGCCCUUCUCCUCCAACCCCUGCCCUACCUGCUUCCUAUACCCCUUCCCCAACCCAUCCUCCCCCCGCAGCCCCCCCUCCACCUCCACCUGGGCCGCCUACACACCCCCACCCGCACCCUCACCCACACGCCAUGCCCACUGCCCCUGCGGAAGCACCAGUUGUCCCCAGGAAGGGCCAGGUACCUCUCAUCCCAAUGAGCGAUGCACGCAGCGACCUGCUGGCAGCCAUCAGACGAGGGAUCCAGCUGCGUAAGGUGCAGGAACAGCGGGAGCAGGAAGCGAAGAAGGAACCAGUUGGGAACGACGUGGCCACUAUAUUAUCCCGUCGCAUUGCCGUGGAGUACAGCGAAUCUGACGAAGACUCUGAGCUGGACGAAAACGAAUGGUCAGACUGAGACAGGGAAAACAACAAUAGAGGAAUAAAAAACAUGAAGUAAGCAUUAGAGCAUAGGUUUCAGAGAACAGAAUUAUCACAACUAAUGUAGCAUGCCGAUGUCUGUCUGCACUAAUAUAACACGGCUCCUGUGUUUUAAAAAAAAAAAAAAAGAAA